CUGUGGCUGAUAGGUGCUAGCCUAACAAUAUGCAGUACCUAAUGUUGGUCCUUUGUUUUGUGUAUUUGUGUUAGAGUUUUGUAAAUUACAAAUAAAUCAUGGUUUAACAGUGACUUGUAUGUAAUGGGUUAGAAAGCCAACUGCAGAUAGAUACUUGUCUUGAUUACAAUAUUAAUCAAUUUGCUUGAUUACAACACUAUCAUUUGCAGUAUGUUAGGUAUACUAGGUAUAUAUAAUCGAGUACAUCAAAUCUCCACAUGCCAAUUCUCCCUUGCACACAGUUCCAAACUCAGGAGGUCAUGGAAUUAGGUGCCAAUAUCCUCUCCAGCUUUUAACGCUCCUGGCAUUUCAAUUUCCUGGUCUCCAAUACCCACACCCCCCCAGCUGACUGCCAGUUGUGACAUGGGAAUGACUCAAUGUCCUGAAUCGACAUAACACUGUCAGCCUCUUUAAAUAGUGAAGGGGAAGGAUACUCAAGACACUGAAAUGCUAAUACUGAUUCGAUGCACAUUAGACCAUAAGCACUGUGCAUAAGAACUUCUCAAAACGAAACGAUGGCAAGGGUGGCUUCAGAAGACAUGCCGCGGCAGUUCCAGAAGAUGUCCUUUAGUGAGAUGGAUGAGCAGGUGAAGCGGCUAGCUGAAAAGGUGUUUGCAUCCGCACUAAAAGAGGAGAACACCAGAGAUGCCAUGUCUAUGUUUACCGUGCCUGAGGACUGCCCCAUCGGCCUCCAUCAGGCUAAGGAGAGAGAGCUGCUCAAAGGGCUGGCUGAGGAACAUUCUGAAGAGAGCAUCAAAAGGAAGAAGAGUUUUAAGCUGAUCCGCUCCCAGUCUAUAUCUCUUCAGAUCCCCGGUGCGUCUGAGUGGGCCAUGUCUGUGGUUGGUCCUCUCUUCACCCCAGAGACAUCUAAAACUCCUUUCCCAAGCAAUGUUCCAGAGUUCCAGAGAGUCACCAUCAGUGGAGACUACUGUGCAGGGAUCACAGUUGAAGACUAUGAGCAGGCAUCAAAAAGCCUGUUGAAAGCAUUACUCAUAAGGGAAAAAUAUGCCCGUCUGGCAUACCACCAUUUUCCCAGAAUUACUGCCAAGUUUAUAAGGAGUGCCAGUGAUGACACAUGGAAUGAAGAUGAUGAUGUUUUGCCAGAUAGCACUCCCUGCCCAAGUGAGGGUGAGGACCCAUACAGUAUGGAGGACAUCCCUCAGAACUUGGACUACAUCCUGAAAAUGAAGGAUGGCAUCAUAUAUGUGUAUGAUGAUGCGGAAGCUUUGAGUAAAGACAAACCACACAGUUUACCAUACCCUGACAUGGAGACCUUCACUAUUGACAUGACUCAUGUCCUUGCCAUGAUUGCUGAUGGACCAACGAAGACAUAUUGUCACAAAAGGCUUAACUUCCUUAUGUCCAAGUUCUACUUGCAUGAGAUGUUAAAUGAGAUGGCAGAGCUGAAGGAAUUAAAGUGUGUUCCACACAGGGACUUCUACAAUGUCAGGAAGGUGGACACCCACAUCCAUGCAGCAGCCUGCAUGAACCAAAAGCACCUGCUCCAGUUCAUCCAGGACACAUGUAAUACAGAGGGAGAUCGAGUGGUGAUGGAAAAGGAUGGGAAAAAGCUCACACUAAAGCAGGUGUUUCAAAAUCUCCACAUGGACCCUUACGAUCUCACAGUGGAUUCGCUGGAUGUCCAUGCUGGCAGGCAAACGUUCCAUCGUUUUGACAAGUUUAAUUCCAAAUACAACCCAGUAGGUGCAAGUGAGCUUCGUGAGAUCUAUCUAAAAUCUGACAACUACAUUAAUGGAGAAUAUUUUGCACGUCUUUUAAAGGAGGUGGCACAUGGUCUGGAGGAGAGUAAGUACCAGUAUGCAGAACCUCGUCUCUCCAUCUAUGGCCGCUCUGCCAGUGAGUGGGAAAGCCUUGCAAAAUGGUUCAUACAGCAAAAGUUGUACUCGCCCAACCUAAGAUGGAUGAUCCAGGUGCCACGGAUAUAUGACAUUUUCAGAUCCAAGAAGAUAAUUCCAAACUAUGCCAAGAUGCUUGAGAACAUCUUCCUUCCUCUGUAUGAGGCUACUGUUAACCCUCAGAAGCACAAGGAAAUUCAUGUUUUCCUGAAAUAUGUGACAGGCUUUGACAGUGUGGAUGAUGAGUCCAAACAUAGUGAUCACAUGUUCUCCUUUAAGAGCCCUAAGCCAGAGGAAUGGACCACGGAGGAAAACCCCCCUUACAGUUACUACCUCUUCCAUAUGUAUUCCAACAUCAUGGUGCUGAACAACCUGCGAAGGGAACGUGGCCUAUGUACCUUCCAGUUCCGUCCUCACUGUGGAGAAGCAGGCUCCAUUACUCACCUGGUGUCAGCCUUCCUCACUGCAGAUAACAUCUCUCAUGGCCUCAACCUAAAGUUUAGUCCUGUUCUGCAGUACCUUUACUACCUUGCCCAGAUACCCAUUGCCAUGUCUCCUCUGAGCAACAACAGCCUGUUCCUUGAGUACUCCAAGAACCCACUAAGGGAGUUCCUCCAUAAGGGCCUGUGUGUCUCACUGUCCACUGAUGACCCCCUGCAGUUCCACUACACUAAAGAGGCACUAAUGGAGGAAUAUGCUAUCGCAGCACAGCUGUGGAAGCUCAGUACGUGUGAUGUCUGUGAGAUUGCUAGAAACAGCGUCCUACAAAGUGGUAUCUCACAUCAGGAAAAGAAACAUUUCGUAGGUGAGAACUACCUACAGGAUGGACCAGAAGGGAACGACAUCCGCCGUACCAACGUGGCCCAGAUCCGCAUGGCCUACAGGCAUGAGACCUUGUGCAAUGAGCUCAGCUUCCUGGUGGAUGCAGUUAAGACUGAGAGCACACUGACUGGACAGACAGUGUGAAUAUACUGGAAUUUACAGCACACAUAGAAGCCAAACUAGAAAACCAGGAAGCAUGAAACAUAUGGUUUGCAUAAAACAGGCUCAAUACAUACAACACAUCACUUACUACCUUGUUAAACUUUUGGGUGGUUAAAAACUCUUGUCAAAAGUGGGACAAUGCUUUAUCUCUUUUAUUCUGUGCUGUUUUUUCCCCCACCACAUGAGAACCACAGCAUUUGCAUAAUAUUUUGAAUGUAACAGUUCCAGGACCAGGGCACAUAACUUUUUUUGUGGUGUUGGUGGGUUUUUUUUUGCUUGCUUGUGUGUGUGUGUGUGUGUGUGUGUGUGUGCAUGUCUUUUUUUCAUCCACUGGUGCCUAUAGGGAUCUGUAAACUGCCAGGCAGCAAACUUUUUUUUUUCUAUUACAAGAAUAAAGUUUCAUACUUGUCUAAAA